AUGGACGUUUCCCAGGUAAACUCGCGAGCUCUCCAUGACGAUGGAGAGACGUACGUCGCGGGGACUGGCGACCAGGACGCCAUCACCGACAGGAACAAGGCUGAGGAUCGGGGCAACAACCACAACCUGGAGCGGAAGAACACGCACGUCUCCAACACAUCCUACGAAGAGACCUUUCCCGAAGGCGGCAUGCGGGCAUGGCUCGUGGUCCUGGGCGCAUGGUUCGCCCUGAUGUCGGCCAUGGGUUUGAUGAAUACCAUUGCCGUUUUCCAGGCUUACACGCUUAGCCACCAGUUGCAAGGCCACAGCGAGGGCACUGUCGGUUGGAUCUUUUCCCUCUAUACGUUUCUUGCCUUUUUCUGCGGCGUCUACAUUGGCCCAGUGUUUGACAAGCAUGGCCCGCGAUGGUUGGUUAUCGCUGGCUGCAUCACAACUGUGACCGGAGUUGUAUGCAUGAGUUUCUGCAAAGGCAAGUUGGAGCAGCAGCUCUGGCAAUUCAUUCUGUCUUUCGGAGUCCUCUGCGGAGUGGGAACAUCGUUGUUGUUUACGCCAUGCAUCGCCGCCGUCGGGCAUUGGUUUCGGAAACGAAGGGGCCUCGUUACGGGCAUGGCAUCGACGGCUGGGGGCAUCGGCGGCAUCAUUUUCCCCCUCAUGCUCACGUCGCUCUUUGACCAGGUUGGCUACGGUUGGGCCACACGCGUCCUGGCCCUCGUUUGUCUCGUCGGGGGCCUUGUCGGGAUCUUGCUCGUCCGGUCUCGUCUCCCGCCUGCGCCCGACGCCACGGCGCACCCAGACUUUCGCAUCUUCAAGCAGGUCCCCUACAGCCUCACCGCCGUGGGCAUCUUCUUGAUCGAAUUCUCCCUCUUCAUCCCCCUCGCGUACAUCUCGACAUAUGCGCAACACCAGGGCUUCAGCGAACAGUUCGCCUACCACUUGUUGCCCAUCAUGAACGCCGGGUCCGUCGUCGGGCGAGGUCUGCCAGGAUACUACGCAGACGUUGUGGGACCAUUCAAUGUAUGUCUGUUCUCCGUCAUCCUCUCACUGGUAGCAUGCCUGUGUGUGUGGUUGCCCCUGGGACAUACCACAGCCGGCAUCAUCGUCUUUUCGAUCCUCUUUGGUUUCGGCAGCGGGACAAGCAUUUCCAUGGCUCCGGUGUGCAUCGGAAGGAUGUGCAAGACUCAGCAGUACGGCCGAUACUAUGCGACCACGUAUACCGUCGUGUCGUUUGCGUGCCUGAUUGGCAUCCCCAUCGGCGGUGGUAUCGUAGGUGCCAGCGGCGGUGAUUACCAGAACCUGAUCAUCUUCACUGCGGCCAUCUACGUCGGCUCGGCGGCGUGUCUGAUGGCCGCCAAGGUGACUCACCUGGGUGCGAAGAACUGGCUGUCUGCCUACUAA